AUGACCGUGAACUCCGAUGUGGCGACCCAGGACUGCGUUUCUCAGCUGGGGGAAGCGAUGAACCGGGUCAACGACUCGGCGUCGGCGAUGAGGGUGGGCCCGGGAGAGAAGGCGUUGACCGGAGAUAAAGUCAGCGACAUACAGACGUGGAUAAGCAGCGCGGUGACGGAUCAGGGGACGUGCUUGGAUGGUUUGGAGGAGACGGGAUCGACGGCUGUGGAUGCGGUGAAGCGAGAUGAAGAAGUCAACGGGUACAGCAGGGCAAUUGUGGCCAACUUUAAGGGAAUUCUAUUAUUCUAGACAAG